AUGAUUAUGCACAAAAAGGAUACCGAGGAUCAAGGUCGAAUUCUCACAAGAGUGGAAGGUUAUCGUGUGCAAAGCAUGGCAGCAAUUCUCCCACCACCCCGAAUUUCAGUUCCGGAUAGUCAGCCAAACUCCAUUCAGAAUCCAUCUGACAUGGUCGCUCCAGGGGCUCCGGAUUCCUUGAAUGACUGUGCUUUAAACGGGACGGCUGGCUUAAACGGCACUUUUCCCGCAGAUCCCAAUCGGCACGUGGAUCAGCUGCUCAUAGCUGAUAGCUUACAUCGGAUCAGACUAUUCCGUUUUGGCUUCCUCGGUCCGGCUUCCGGAUUGACAGGCUCCAACCAAUCGAGUGGACCAGCUGAAUCUGGUGAAGCCACAGGCGGUACGGGAGCUGCUUCAGAAUUAGGCUCUCAUCCUCAUCCGAGUUCUACGAUCAAUCCCGCUUCCUCUCUCGGCCCGUCCGUAACAUCUGUUCCAGCUGGAAUCCUGCUCGAUAUGCCGAUCCUCCCAGUUGGUCUUAGUCGGCUCAGUUCGACCCAUUCUCAAAGCUCACAAACUCCUCCCUCACUUCGACCCGUAUUGCAGCACUCAGGAUCGGGUGCCCUCAGUGCAGCCCCGUAUGCUGUUGUCUCGUCAGCUAGUGGCAGCAGCCUCGCCGGAGCUGGCAGUGGUGGAGGUAGUGCAGGGGGUGGAAAUAGUGUCACCAUAUUGUUUGGUGCUCCGCUGGAACGGUCGGCCUCUGCAAACUACAGUGCGUCGGUCACAACAUUGGCUGAAAUGCGUGCCUUGACGGCAGCUGCGACGGCGGCAGCCUUGGCAGGUUCUCACUCGCGCUCGUUUGCUGGACUAGUACACUCAUUAUCCAGCAUGGUGGCUGCCAGUUCUGCCUCGCCCACGGAGCCCGGUAGUGGAGCCGAAUCAACUCGCCCGUUAGCUCCUAGUACUGCGGAAGCGGCUAUCGGUCCAGUCGUGUGUACAACAUCUACCGGCACUACAGGCACACUUAGUGGGUCUGUUGGGACAGGGCAUAUAACUUCAGCGACUUCUACAGCCAGUGUAGUUGCCUCAUCCGUCACCUCUACGGCUGCUUUCACGCCUUCCGCAUUGGGCGCACAUACAAAUAGUAAUGGAACUACAAACAGUUACGGCCUGUUGGACCAUCGGACUCUUUUCAAAGAAACGCAUGCCGUACAAUCCAUUGUUAUGUCCCGUUCCGGUCAACGUGCUUUAAUAACGGUCCACAAAAUGGGACUUCAUUUGUGGGAUGUGGAAGCUUGUGCUAUCAUCCAGCGAUUCAUUGGCUACAAACAAGAUACCUUCCGACUUCAUUCUACUUUCGGUGGAGCAACUGAAGACUUCGUGGCCACCGGUAGUGAAAACGGUCGAGUACAUAUUUGGCAUACAAAAAGUGGAAAUCACCCGAUCCACUCCACAAUGGCUUCCUCCUCCUCUUCCUCUGGUGCACUCAGUCCAGACGCGGUAACUUGUGUGCACUGGAAUCCUGCCUUACCAACUAUGAUGGCCUCAGUCAGUGAUGCCGGUGAUCUGUGCAUCUGGGGUCCACAACGUUUCGUAUUGGGAUCUGGGCAGCCUAUGGAACAGUCCGCUUAG